GAUGGUCGUAUAUAAAAACUUGCUCACUUUACCGUCACUAAAGAAGUUUUACAAAUCUCAACAGACGCGAAUGUUCAGGAGUUCUUCCUCUCCACACUAUUUUUUCUUUCAUCAUCUGAUAAGUGACAAUUUACACCAAUGAGAAAUUUUACGACAAAACCAUGUGCGCUUUCACUAGCGUAUUUGUGUCUAGUUUUAUGCAUCUGCAGCGGUGUUCAAGGUAUUUGGUUUGGACGGCCAGGGGAUAGCUGGAUGCGGAGCAAGGUAAUUUGGCAACGCCCGCAGAAUGAGGAGAUGGACGGGCCAGCCCCAGCGGACCGGGGCCGCUACCCUUCCCCGGGGGAUGAGCCCCAAGAAGCCCUCUACUCCUGGUCCGCGGAAGAAGAAGAUGACAAAAGGGACGGAGUCUCAUCAAAGAUACUUUUUAAUUUAAUCAGAGGAAAGGGUCGUUCAAGUACAACAAAGCGCAGUGCCGAGUGUCAGACAGACGAGUUUCGAUGUGGUGACGGCAGUUGCAUUCCCAGUGAGUUGGAGUGUGAUGGACAACAAGAUUGCCAACUCGGCUCAGACGAACUUGUGUGCAAAUUUCCCAUGGGAAACGAUGUACCCCCGAAGCAUGACUCGACCCUUGGUGCCAGUGUAGGCAACCGCCAGCACGACAGAAUGAAUCAAGAAUGCCUACACAAGCUGAUUACCGGCUUACGUAUUGCAGGCCCAUUCACUCGAAGCUAUAACUGUCCAGUAGGUUACAUGAAGUGCGCCACCAUCCAACGCCAGUGUUAUGACGAACGUUACGCCUGUGACGGUCUUAUCGACUGUUGGGACGGUUCUGAUGAAGCUGAUUGUGCCAUAAUUCCGUGUCCCGCAGAAGGAUACAUAAAAUGUGACAACCAGUGGCAGUGUUUUGAUACAACUCGUACUUGUGACGGACAGGUAGAUUGCAACGAUGGAUCAGACGAGAGAAAUUGUGCGAGUAAACCAUGCGCCAGUGACCAUGUGAAAUGUGCUGAUAAGAAGCAAUGCUACCCAGCAAUCUACACGUGUGAUGCCGUCAUCGACUGUGUCGACGGUUCAGAUGAACAGAAUUGCUCUACUUACCAAUGCUUGACUGGGUUUAAGAAGUGCGCCAACAACCAACAGUGUUACAAUCAAUCUCAGCAGUGUGAUGGGAUAAAUCAGUGUGUUGAUGGGAGUGACGAAGUGGACUGUCGUAACAACGCAGAAGUGAACUCGUCUUCAAUGACUUCUAGCACUUGGCAAUGCAAGCAUGACCUAUGUGAAGAUGGGACAAAGUGUUACCUAUGGCAUCUACGAUGUGACGGUGUCCCUGCAUGUGAUGACGGUAGUGACGAGUGGGGAUGUGCCUCCUCGUCAUGCCCUCCUCGCAAAGUCAAAUGUCAGGACAGACAGCAGUGCAUAUGGGAAGAAUGGUUGUGUGAUGGUGAAGUACAAUGCAAAGAUGGCAGCGAGGAACGGGGCUGUACAGCCUAUGUACCACAGUUUGACUACCAGGGUUGGAUCAGUGAUGUGACGGAUGCUUUAAAUUCACCGAUAGAAGUGACUUCACAAAACCCUCGAGGAGAGACGUUUGAAUCAAACGCUUGAGAGACUGGUACAAGUUAACUGUUGUGCAUUAUCGGUAUGGCUGAUGGAAUAACUCAUUCGACUUUAUAAUUAUUUCUAAAAUGUCAUAAAGAAAAUCAGUAUGUCAGACCCCAUUGAAAAACUAAAGCAAAUCGGUUGGAAUGUACAAUUUCUUAUUGAACAAAAUAUUUGAUAUUUCGACCCACCUCUCAGAAGUCAUCCUAUUCGGUUACUUUAAGUACGAGUUUUUUGCCGCCCUUUAUUUCCAAAACUUUAACUUUCCCGGUAUCAACUAAUUUUGUUUGUAAGAUGUCUAUAUGUUGAUAUAACCUAAUUAUGCUUUGAGUGGGAAGUUACCUGCGUUAAUUAGCUAUAAACAUGUUUAUGAAAAGAAAACUGGCGGGCUUUAAUUACGUUACUGAUAGGUUGAAAUAAUGUAUGUAACUAUACGCCUGAGAGUUGACUAUACACUGUUUACAAGAAAGGGGACAAAUAGUUCUUGGCCUGACGUUUCGACCCUAGCAGAGUCUUUCUUUAAAGGCAGUGGACACUAUGGUAAUUACUCAAAAUAUUUA